CCUACGAGUCUACGACGCAACUUUCCACGCCUCACACCCGCCACCGCUUUAAAACCAUCUCACUCCUCACACACCACACCCGCACCACACCACAGACGCCCAAGCAACCACUCUACAGCUUAGCCACCGCGAGCGCGGAGCAAGUCGCAGCCAAGAACAAGUCCGGUCUCCAGCGAAGCUUAGCUUGCUGUGCCAGCCAUGCUGUCCAUGGAGUUGCUCCACGCCGUGAUCCCGGAGCAGCAGGACGAGGAGGAGGUGGCGCUCGCUACGAGCAGCAGCGCCACGAGCUGCGAGGAGGGCGGCCACCUGCCGCAGGGGUGGGCCAAGAGGAAGCGGUCGCGCCGCCAGCGGUCGGAGGAGGAGAACCUCGCGCUCUGCCUCCUCAUGCUCUCCCGUGGCGACCACCACCGCGUCCAGGCACCGCCGCCCCUCGCGGUUCCGGCCGCCGCGGAGUUCAAGUGCUCCGUCUGCGGCAAGUCCUUCGGCUCCUACCAGGCGCUCGGAGGCCACAAGACGAGCCACCGGGUCAAACAGCCGACCCAUGCUGCUGCUGCUCCGGCAGUACCCCUCGUGGAGGCCCCCACCCCAAUCACCGCCAUCCCGCCGCCGGCCGACCUCCGUGAGCCGGCCACGUCAUCCACCGCCACGUUCUCCGACGGGGCGGCCGCGAACAGAGUCCACAGGUGCUCCAUCUGCCACAAGGAGUUCCCGACUGGACAGGCGCUCGGCGGGCACAAGAGGAAGCACUACGACGGGGGCGUGGGCGGCGGCGCCUCCACCGAUGUCCUGGCCGCGGCGGCCGCCGAAACAUCCGAGGUGGGGAGCUCCGGCAACGGCAGCUCCGCCCCCCGGGCGUUCGACCUGAACCUCCCGGCCGUGCCGGAGUUCGUGUGGCGGUGCGCCAAGGCCGGCAAGAUGUGGGAGGAAGACGAGGAGGUCCAGAGCCCCCUCGCCUUUAAGAAGCCUCGCCUUCUCAUGACGGCGUGAACAGCCGCGCGGAUCUGAUCCAUCCAAGUUUUUGGUCGAAUACUAUUCGUUCAUUCGUUUGGUGCCAGUACUGUUGUUUAAUUUGUUACUGCUCUUGUACAGAGAGACUGUGAGAUACAUAGCCACAUACACAAUUACACACAGGCCUUCUUCCUCUUCUUGGUUCCUUGUACCAUUGGAAGAGUAUAUUUGUAUCCUUAGCUGCCAGUAUACUGUAGUUCAUACUCAUACAGAGAUGAUUGAUGAACUAGUCCUUUGUAACAUAGACAUAUAUAAAUGGAUUGCAGAUUACAGAA